AAGAAACGGAGAAAGAAAGAACUCUAGGGUGCCGAUUGAACAGAUCUAAACACGAACCCAGGGGCUAGUUUUAGCCAGGGGAUUAUUUCUCGCUGAUCUUCAAGGCUAUCGUGAUAUUCCGGGAUUGUAAACGUUUGCUUUAAUAUUACGGAAAACCUCUGGGAUUGCGAAUUCUGCAAAGGAUUUUCUUUGGAUUACUUCUCAACGGAGCAGCUCCAUUCAUGUGCCGAUUACCGCUUUAAAGGGAGAGAUCUUAAGGUGUUUCAAAGUCCAAAAACAGCGAGCGUACGAGGAGAUUGCUUUCUGUCGCGCGUUUAUGUCGGGACAUUAUUUUAGUGCAGUUUUCUGGGUUUAGAGGUGUACAGUAUAGCAUAAAUACUCUUCUAAUGCCUUGAAUGCAGUUUUCCUCAAGGACGGGAACACAAACGACUUUUUUGUGUUCCCAGGUUGAAGAAUCCAAGUGAAUGCAUUUUGACUUCGGUGUAGCGGUGCAGUCAUGUUCUUAUUUUACAUUUUCAAUGCAGCAUAGAGUAGUUCCAAAUUUAAUGUUGCGUUGUGGACACAAACAUUUUGCAUUCGGCUGUGCAAGCUCUGCACGGCAUUUGCUAACUAUUGAUGCUGUACAACGACCAUAAAACUCACUUGCAUCCUCACAGAUCCGAAUAAGAAUAACAGCAACAUAGAUUUUUAAACUGUCGUAUGUUCAGGUCGAAACGCUCAGGUCUUGUGCGGCGACUUUGGAGAAGCCGUUUGAUCCCAGGUAGAGAGGAGGGAGAUGGAAGUUACAAAGCCAGCUGCGAGGGGGUCUGGGACAAUCUGUGCGGCAGCAACCCAGAAAAGUUUCCCAGAACGGAACUCAGUCCGAUGGCUCGAGGAGAAUCGCUCGUGGGGGACAUCGGGGUAGAAAACAGUCGAAAUCCCGCGGGGAGCGGUGUCCCCGGGGUUAUGUUGGAUCGGGAUGGGAGUGUCAUGUGUUCUCCAGAGGAUGACAGUCCCCGAUCCGCGCAGGACGGCGAAUGUAGAACGGUAACGUGUUGCUUGUUCACAGACUGGGAUCAUUCCGAACCCAGAAGCUUGGCGAGUGUUCGAAGUACAGAAUCUGAGUCUGAGUCGUGCCAGAUCGUGCCGAUGAACCAUAGCUCUCGGGACGCAAGUUCUGGGCGACCGGAGGCGAGGCCCCGCUCGGUAAUGGAGCAGGAGCUGAAAGCCGCCACCUACUCCUUUUUAAAGAGGCUGAAGGAAAAACCGCUGGAUACUUUGCUGGAGGCCGUGGAGUCUAAAGGGGGGAUGCCGAGCGAUUGUGUUAUGGUGUCGCGGACAGAGCUGCGUCUGGGCGGGCAUACAGCACCUCCUCACGUCUUACUGUGCCGGCUGUACCGCUGGUCCGACCUGCAGCACCCGGCACAGCUCAAACCGCUCUUCGAGUGCCAAAGCUUCGGGGCUAGGGACGGCCCGUCGGUCUGCUGCAACCCCUACCACUACAGCCGACUCUGCGGACCAGAGUCUCCUCCACCCCCCUACUCACGGCUCUCCCCCAGCGAAGAGCUCAAGCCACUGGGUCCAUCGCUGUCGUACACUGAGACCGAGGCCACGGGUUCCCCGAACGUCACACCUGGAGAUCUCUCGGGUGAUUUUUCAGAUACCUACACGUCAGCAGAGGGCCUGAAGCAGGGUCACUGGUGCAGCGUGGCCUACUGGGAGCACCGCUCGCGUGUGGGGCGCCUCUACGCCGUGCACGAUCCCUCCGUCAGCAUCUUCUACGACCUACCUCAGGGCACGGGCCUGUGCCUGGGCCAGCUGACCCUGGAGCAGCGCGGCAGCGCCGUCCGCCGCACGCGCGGCAAGAUCGGCUUCGGCAUCCUCCUGAGCAAGGAGCCGGACGGCGUGUGGGCCUACAACCGCAGCCAGCACCCCAUCUUCGUCCACUCGCCCCUGCAGGACGCCCCGCGCGGGAGGGGCCUGGCCGUGCGCAAGGUGAUGCCCGGCUACUCCAUCAAGGUGUUCGACUUCAACAGCUGCGGGGCGCCGAGGCGCGCGGCCGAGUCCGGCUCCCCCGAGGGGCCCUAUGACCCCAACAGCGUCCACAUCAGCUUCGCCAAGGGCUGGGGCCCCUGCUACUCCAGACAGUUCAUCACCUCCUGCCCCUGCUGGCUGGAGAUCCUGCUCCACAGAAACAACCGCAGACAGCUGCCGCAAUAGCGCAGACGAGACAGACUGAUCCGAACACAAUUUAUCCCAAAUAUCAUCUACCUAGAUUUAAUAUAAACAUUUUUUAUCAUAUGGAAAUUUAUAUUAUACAUGUAAAUACGGAGUCAUUUUUACAAUGUGAUUAUUUAUAUAUGGUGCAAUGCGUGUCUAUGUACAAGAGGAAAAUAAAUGAGAAAAUGCACUUUUGUUAAGUAAGAAUACUUUCAAUACCGGUUUGAAAAAUUAUACAGCAAAAAUAGGACGAGCCUGCUUUUUGGUGUAUAGUUUUCAUACGCUGUCAAUGCCUGGACAAAAGCUAAGACCAUCCCCAGAUUGAUAAUAAAGUAUUCAUAUAA